UGCUAAGCUUGCACUCCCCCAGCUUGAACUUAGAGGUGGGUUGCUUAGCCUGGUUUUACAAGAAUCUAAACCAGCAAUGGAUGGAGGAGGCGUCGAUGGCUAUGAGAUGGAGAUGGUGAGGAACAGGAAGGUGGUGCUAAGGAGGUACGUGACGGCUGGGUACCCUACAGUAGAUGAUAUGGAGGUGGUAUCCUCCACCAUGAUGCCACGCGUGCCUCUUGGAACAAUGGCACCAGCGGUGAUGGUGAAGAACAUCUACCUUUCAUGCGACCCGUGGAUGCGCGGUCGUAUGACUAAGCACGACGAUGCUACCGCGGAGAUAGCCGAAGACUUCGUGUUAGGAGAGGCCAUGGUUAAUUUCGGUGUGAGCAAGGUGGUCGACUCAACGCACCCGGUGUUCGCUGCUGGCGACCUCGUGUGGGGACUGUGUGGUUGGGAGGAGUACAGCCUCAUCACCCAACCGGAGACACUGCACAAGAUCAACCAUCCUGAUCUACCACUCUCCUACUACACCGGUGUUCUCGGUGUGACUGGUCUAACAGCAUAUGCCGCAUUCUUUGAGGUCGGCAAGCCCAAGAAAGGAGAGACCGUCUUUGUGUCGGCGGCAUCUGGUGCUGUCGGCCAGAUUGUUGGGCAGCUUGCAAAGAUUGCCGGCUGCUAUGUGGUUGGAAGCGCUGGCUCCGACGAGAAGGUCACCCUUCUCAAGACCAAGUUUGGCUUUCACGAUGCAUUCAACUACAAGAAAGAGAGCAAUGAUCUUACCGGUGCUCUCCGGCGGUGCUUCCCAGAUGGAAUAGACAUCUACUUUGACAAUGUCGGCGGUGCGACGCUGGAUGCGGCGCUGGUCAACAUGCGGCGUGGUGGUCGAGUGGUGGUGUGUGGGAUGAUUUCACAGUACAACCUGCAGGAGCCCGAGGGGGUGCACAACGUGAUACAGAUCCUAUCCAAGACCAUCCGGGUGGAGGGAUUUGCCGUAUUCAACCACUUCGGCUUAUACCCGAUGUUUGAGGAUGAGAUGGCUAGGUACCUAAAGGAAGGUAAGGUGACCGUCCUGCAGGAUGUUGUCAAGGGCAUCGAGAAGGCAUCGGAGGCUCUCAUUGGUAUGUUUUCUGGGAGGAAUGUGGGCAAGUUGUUGGUUGCUGUUGCAGAUGAAUGACUCUAGUUAAUUAAUAAUAGGCAGUUAUAGUACUGUUAUAGAAUAAGAUGCAGGACAAUAUUUCCAAUUCAGUUCAUAUAUAGCAAAUGUUGUAAACCCACUUUAUACUCAUAAUCUUAUAUAUAUCACAGUGCAAAUUUCAGGUUCUA